AUGAGUCGCCAGCUGCACCACUACCCUGGGGGAGAGCGCCUGGGCUUCAGCGGCUGCUCAGCUGUGAUCUCCGGCCGAGUCAGCAGCAGCUCGGCCUCAUUCCGAGCUGGUGUGAAGAGCACGGCUGCUUUUGGCAGCCGCAGCCUCUUCAGCAUGGGGGGCGGCCGCCGACUGGCCCUGAGUGCCGGUGCCAGCCGCAGCGGGGCCUACGCGCUGGGCCAUUGCGCAGGGGCUGGCGGCGGGCGUGUGGCCGGCUUCGUGGGCACUGUCUUCGGCAGCGCCGGGCUAGGGCCCUCGUGUCCUUCCGUGUGUCCACCAGGCGGCAUCCCUCAGGUCACUGUCAACAAGAGCCUCUUGGCUCCCCUCAACAUGGAGCUGGACCCCGAGAUACAGAAGGUGCGCUCUCAGGAGCGGGAGCAGAUCAAGGCUCUGAACAACAAAUUCGCCUCCUUCAUCGAUAAGGUGCGCUUCCUGGAGCAGCAAAACCAGGUUCUGGAGACCAAGUGGAACCUUCUGCAGCAGCUAGAACUGAACAACUGCAAGAAGAGCCUGGAGCCCUUUUUUGAGGGCUAUAUAAGCACCCUGAGGAAGCAGCUGGAGGCAUUGUCAGGCGACAGGGUGAGGCUGGACUCGGAGCUGAGGAACAUGCAGGAUCUGGUGGAAGAAUCCAAGAAGAGGUAUGAAGUGGAGAUCAACAGACGCACAGCUGCUGAGAAUGAAUUUGUGGUGCUCAAGAAGGAUGUAGACACAGCCUACAUGAACAAGGUGGAGCUACAGGCCAAGGUGGACUCCUUGGCGGAUGAAAUAAAAUUCUCCAAGUACCUCUAUGACGAGGAGAUUGCUCAGCUCCAGUCCCACAUUAGUGACACAUCUGUGGUCUUGUCUAUGGACAACAACCGGGACCUGGACCUCGACAGCAUCAUUGCUGAGGUGCGCGCCCAGUAUGAGGACAUCGCUCUGAAGAGCAAGGCCGAGGCUGAGGCCCUGUACCAGACCAAGAUCCAGGAGUUGCAGCUCACAGCCGGCAGACAUGGAGAUGACCUCAAACUUACCAGGGCUGAGAUCUCUGAGAUCAACCGACUGAUCCAGCGGAUCCGCUCUGAGAUAGGCAAUGUGAAGAAGCAGUGCUCCAACCUGGAGACAGCCAUCGCUGAUGCCGAGCAGCGGGGCGACUGUGCUCUCAAGGAUGCCCGGGCCAAGCUAGAUGAGCUGGAGGGUGCCUUGCACCAGGCCAAGGAGGAGCUGGCCCGGAUGCUGCGGGAGUACCAGGAGCUGAUGAGCACCAAGCUGGCCCUGGACAUGGAGAUUGCCACCUACCGCAAGCUGCUGGAGGGCGAGGAGUGCCGGAUGUCUGGUGAAUACCCCAAUUCUGUGAGCAUCUCUGUCAUCAGCAAUACCAACACUGGACCCGCAGGGGCUGGUUUCAGCAUGGGCUUCGGCACCUCAAGCAGCUACAGUUACAAACAGGCCUCAGAAGUGAAAACCAAAGGCAGCUGUGGCAGCAGUGAGUUCAAGGAUCCUCAUGCCAAAACCUUGGGCCCCAGCUGUGCUGCCAAGAAGGGUUCCAGAUGA